UCUCACAGAUCCAUAAAAAAUUGGGGAAGGAUUAAAACAGAUCUGGAGCUCAACCGUGACCUCUUUCUUCUCUUCGCGCGUUUUCUCUUCUUCUCUAAGCAAUGGCGACGGCCAACCUCCCUAAAUCCGGCGCCAUUUCCAGAGGCUACAACUUCGCUUCAACUUGGGACCAGAACGCUCCGCUGACUGAUGAACAACACGCCGCGAUCUCAGCGCUCUCCAGUGCUGUAGCUGAGCGCCCGUUCCCGCCAAAUCUGAUUCAAGAUCAGAGCACAGGAAAGGAUAAUGAUAGUCAUGUUUUGGUUCCUACGAGUGAUUCUGUUGAUGAUGUUGCCGCUGUUGAUGCUGUCUUGGUUAACACUCACCAGUUCUAUAAGUGGUUUUGGGAUCUGGAAUCGGCAAUGAAAUCAGAGACGGAGGAGAAGUAUAAUCUCUAUGUGAAUACUCUGGUAGAACGCCUUCAGAUAUGUGACGGGAUUCUUAACCAGGUUGAUGAUACCCUUAAUUUAUUUGACGAGCUGCAAAUGCUGCAUCAGACUGUUGCAACAAAAACCAAAGCCUUGCAUGAUGCUUGUGACCGACUGUUGCUUGAAAAGCAGAGAUUGAUAGAUUUUGCGGAGGCACUUCGUAGUAAACUCAAUUAUUUUGAUGAAUUGGAGAAUGUCUCUACCAACUUCUACUCUGCAAAUAUGAACAUUGGAAAUGGACAAUUCCUUCCUUUGCUGAAACGACUUGAUGAGUGUAUCUCGUAUGUCGAGAGUAACCCACAGUAUGCAGAAUCUGCUGUUUACUUGGUUAAGUUUCGGCAGCUCCAGUCUCGCGCAUUAGGUAUGAUUCGAUCUCAUGUGCUCUCAGUUCUGAGAGGUGCUUCUUCGCAGGUGCAAUCUGCUAUUCGUGACAGUGGUUCAAGCAAAAACUCUUUUUCAGAGGGUGUUGAAGCAUCUGUUAUUUAUGUUCGUUUUAAGGCGGCAGCCAGUGAGCUCAAACCUGUACUAGAAGAAAUUGAAAGUAGAUCUUCAAGGAAAGAAUAUGUCCAGAUUCUGUCAGAAUGCCACAGACUAUAUUGUGAGCAGAGACUAUCCCUGAUAAAAAGUAUUGUCCAGCAUCGGAUCACUGAGUUCUCAAGGAAAGAGGCAUUAUCAUCAUUGACUCGGUCUGGGUGUGCAUACCUGAUGCAGGUCUGUCAGCUUGAACAUCAACUCUUUGCUCACUUUUUCCGUUCUUCAUCCCAGGAAGACUCCAGUUUAGCUCCUUUAAUAGACCCUCUGUGCACAUACUUGUAUGAUAUAUUACGUCCUAAAUUGAUACAUGAAGCAAAUCUUGAUGCUCUUUGUGAGCUUGCUGAUAUCCUGAAAAUUGAAGUUCUAGGGGAACAGCUUAACAGACAUUGCGAGUCACUUACAGGUCUGCGGCCCACACUACAAAGAAUUCUAGCAGAUAUUCAUGAGAGAUUGACAUUUUGUGCGCGCACACAUAUUCGUGAUCAGAUUGCAAAUUACCGUCCUACUGAAGAAGAUCUGGACUACCCUGCUAGACUGGAGAGAUCCACUGAAACAUCAUCAGAUGCUACUGUUGAUGAUAACUCUGAUAUUUUCAAAACAUGGUAUCCUCCAUUGGAGAAAACAGUAUCAUGCCUUUCAAAGUUAUAUCAUUGUUUGGAACCUACAGUUUUUACUGGGUUAGCACAGGAAGCUGUUGAAUUCUGCUCAAUAUCCAUACAGAAUGCAAGUAAACUUGUUGCAAAAAGAUCAUCUACAAUGGACGGACAACUCUUUCUUGUUAAACAUAUCCUUAUCUUGAGGGAACAGAUUGCCCCAUUUGAUAUCGAAUUCUCUGUUACUCACAAGGAGUUGGAUUUCUCUCAUUUGCUGGAUCAUCUGAGGAGAAUUCUCAGAGGUCAAGCCUCAUUGUUUGAUUGGUCAAGAUCAUCUUCACUGGCUCGAAGCUUCUCUCCUCGAGUUCUAGAAAGUCAGAUAGAUGCGAGAAAGGAAUUAGAAAAAAGUCUCAAAGCUACGUGUGAGGAAUUUAUCAUGUCCACUACAAAGUUAGUUGUGGACCCAAUGCUUUCAUUUGUUACCAAGGUAACUGCUGUAAAACAUGCAUUAUCCUCAGGUGGACAGGAUCAGAAACUAAACUCUGUUUUGGCAAAACCUCUCAAGGAUCAAGCCUUUGCUACUCCAGAGAAAGUGGCUGAGCUUAUUCAGAAGGUCACCGUUGCUAUUCAGCAAGAUUUGCCAAAAGUGAUGACGAAGAUGAAGCUCUAUCUACAGAACCCGUCCACUCGGAUGAUCCUGUUCAAACCAAUCAAGACAAACAUCGUGGAAGCUCAUGCACAACUACAAUCUCUGAUAAAAUCUGACUACUCUGCCGAAGAAAUGGAGAGCAUGGGCAUGGUGUCCCUACAAGACCUGCAGGCUCAGCUUGAUAGCCUUCUCUAGAUGUCGAUAUCCUCUAUUUUCAAGAUAAAGCUUCAUGUUGAAAUUAUUGUACUUGUCAAUUGUGCUCUUAAUGGUUGAUGAACUGUAUGAAGCUACUAUGAACAACUUUAUGGGUCUAUUUUAUGUUGCACUGAUAUUUUCAGAGGGCGUAUUUUUUUUUUUUACUUAUUUUAUGGUUUUUUGAUCU